CACAUCAUCAGCCAACAUCACAUCAUCAGCCAACAACAUCACAACAUCAAUCAACACCAUCAUACACCAAUGAGAAUGGGCACCUGAUAACUCGUGGAAUGGAUAAUCUGGCAUUUAUGCCUGACAACGAGGGACAAAAACAAAAAGACCCCACUACAACAAGCUAUGAACUGCGCAAUGCCUGGCAGAAACUUUACAUGCAAGAACCUUCUAGCCAUUCAGCUAGGGAGGACAGGCAGUCAUUAAACCAUUCAGCUAGGGAGGAGAGGCAGUCAUUAAACCAUUCACUUGUGGAGGAUCGAAGCAAUAAUCGCAGGACACCAACAGUUGAAGACAACCCAACAUUUCAGAACGGGCUGGUGUCAAAUAGUCAACAUCUGACAUAUCACCCCAACCAUCCAAUCAGCAACACUGUUACAUCUCAACACAAUGUGAGACCAGCCAGUACAGUGCCCGGUGCUGCCAACAAUGUCAGGAGACCUAGCAUUGGUUCACUUACAGCAAGCAAAGCCCCUGCCUCAACCCACAACACCAUCAGCAAGAGUGAGUUCCCCUACGGCAGCACCCACUCACUAACCCAGCAUCACAUUGUCCAGGGCAGGGAGAGCCCCACUGGUCAGAGCCCCACCCACCCUGACCAGCUUGCCAUCAACACCUCCUCACACCUCAGCUCAUACCCAUCAGCCAAUAGAAAUCUUAGUACUUUUAAACCAGAGAAAGACAAGCCAGCUGUUACAUCGGAGCCUGCGAUUGGCCCAGCAGCCAAGUACCCAGAAAGCACCAUGUCAAGAAGGUCAUCAGGGUCAGUAACCCCACUCCCACAAAACAACCAACAUCACAGACAUAAUAUCCCUUCACCUCAAUUUCCGUUAAGUUUACGACAACAUCGCAGUGAAUCCACAAAUUCAUUUGACACCAUAGAGUUCAACGUGGGAGACAAACCCCCUCGGCCUAUGUCCAGGUUGCAUACUAAAGGCACCAACUUCUUAGACAGCGAAGAUGACCUGGGCGAUGAUUACACCCUCCAACCCCUGGACAGUAUCUUUGAUUACCCUGAUGCCAUCAGCCAAGAUGGCUCAGAGACCCCACCUCUACAGCCUCUGUCUCCAAACUUGACCCCUCGUGGGUCAAACAGUUCAACUCCCAGGUUCAACUACCUACCCAAACAGACUGAUGUACAAAAAUCUCCCCCAAAAACUCCAGAUCUGUUGAGAAGUGGAUCACAAAACCCUCUAAAGACUGGGGUAACUUUAAGGAACAAUGAAAACAAAGAACAUUUAUCUCAGUUUAAAUACCAACAUCAAGAAGAUAAAGACUUUCUACAGAAAAGUGGAUUGCCUAUAAAAGCUAAAGGGAAACAACUGCUAUCUGAAUACAGUAGGUUUCUUACAGUUCAUUUGGUUGUCCUGUGGUGA